AUGAGGGAAAUGAUCAAAUUGGAAAAUGCUUGGAGAGGAGAAGUAAGAGGAGAUGAUUUAGUCAGAGCAGUUUUUUUAGGCGGAAUUGUUGUUUAUGGCGGAACUGUUGUUUAUGGCGGAAUUAAGAUUUUACUUUCUUUUGCAAUGAUUUGGGGUUGGGUUUUGACAACUCUUCGCAUUUGUCGUUUUACCCAUCUUGGGACUACACCAACUCCUGAAUGUAAACAGAAUGAGAAUUGCACAAUUUGUUUUAGCGAAUACACUUCGCCUGUUAAGCUCAAAUGCUCGCACAUUUUUUGUUCUGAAUGUAUUCGAACUUGGCUUGAUCGUGAACAUACCUGUCCUAUUUGCAGAACAAUUGUAACAAAAGAAGACAAUAAUUAUCGAAACGGAGAAUCUAUGUUUCCAUGUAUAUUCUGA